ACAACAUGCUUCGAAAUAAAAAGCAGAGAUUUUUAGAUCAACCGAUCGAUCGCGCGAAAAAAAGGGAAAUAAGGAAAGAGCUGUUGACGCCUUCGAAACUAUGGCCGGAAUCGGCGAUGACGUUGGAUUCGGCGAUUUCAUGUUCUUUUCUUCCUCAUCGUCACAUUCGAUCAAUGGUCCUCAGUUCUCCGCCAAAGACAUGACCACCACCGCUGCCGCCGCCAACGACGACGACGACGAUGAUUGGGGAGAUUUCAUUAACUCCAGCAAUAAUAUCUCUCGCACUGAAUCUCUUCCCGUCAAUGACUUUCAGUUUGAUUCCUCUCCCGGCUCACCCCCUCUAACUCAAUCCGACUCGGCUCCGAGCCGAGUGGAAUCGGUGAAAGCCCAAUGGGACAAGCUGACUGGAGCUUUACCGUUGUCGAUUUUCGGGGAAGAAGAAAAAGAGGAUGGGGGAUCUGACGCAGUGGACGCAGGGUUUAAUGGUGUGAACAGUUCGUUUUCGUUCCCUAAACAGGACGUAAAUUUGAAGGAAAAAGGAUCGAAUUUAAAUGAUGUGUUAGCGGAUUUGUAUAAAGAGAAAGAGAAGGGGAACGAGGCAAAUGGGUUUAGGUCGGGUGUGGAUGUUAAGAAGGCAAUUGAUUUGAAUUCUAAGGCGGAGACUUGGAAUUGGAACGGAUUGAAUUCGGGGUUAAACGGAUCAGGGUUGAAGGUGGAUGCAUUGGAUUUGAGUAUAAACGGUCCUGCUUCGGUUAAAAAAGAGGAGAAUUUAGGUUCAAAUGGGUAUGCAUUUGGGAUGGAAAGAAAAGAAGUGAAUAUGGGGUUAAGCGGGUUGGAUUUGAGCUCAAAUGGGUCGAGUUGGGGUCAGGAAGGGUUGAAUUUGGAUUCGAAUGCGGGGAAUUCUGUUUUGGUUGAUGAGGAGGAUGAUGAUGGGUGGGAAUUUAAAGGCGCAGAGCCAAAAGCAGAAGCUGCAGCUGAAAAUUUGAAGAGUAAUCCAAAUGUGCGAAUGUCGAAUUGCAAUAUGUCUACUUCGAGUUGGGAUCCAUUGGGUACAAAUACCAGUGUGCUGAGUUCAAAUAUUAAUGGGGUAAACGCAAAUGCAAGUAGGUUGGACUCUAAUUUAGUUGAUGAAAAUGAUAAGACUAGUGUUGAUGAUGAUGAUGAUGAUGAUGAUGAUGAUGGAUGGGAAUUCAAGGCUGCAGAGCCCGAGACUCGCUUCACAACCGGUGAUGCUAAGGUUGAGGACCAGGAUCGGGAAAAACCUCAGGGAGCUGAAUUCAGCUUUGGGUUUGGGCAUGGCGCAAAUGGUUCUAGUGAUUUCUUUGGCACAUCAGAUGGAAUAUCUAAGAAACCUGGUGAAUGGGACUUAGGAUUUAGUUUCUCCCCUAGUUUUGAAUCUCAAAGCAAGCAGAAUGAUACUAAAGAUGGUGAGAUUUCUUCUUCAGCUGGUAUAAAUAUUGGUUCUGGCGGAAUGUCCUGGGCUUUUAAGGACGCAACUUUUGGACAUGAAUCAAAGGCUAAGGAAGAGCCAAGGGUUGCUGAUGCUUCCUCAUCUGCGGUUGAAGGUUUUUCAUUUGACGGUCAUAUCCAGGGGAAUGAGGAAACUUCAAAGAAAAACAAAGCAGCAUUGCCCCUGUCCAUCUUUGGUGAUGAAGAAAUUGAAACUGAGGAUCCAUUGAAACAUGAAGAUGUUUCCAUUCUUAAACCAACCACUACAAAUGCUGGCUUGAAGGAUACUCGUUCAAAUAUAUCCAUCAAUGAUCUUAUAUCAAGUUUAUAUAGCCAAUCUGAGACAAAUACUUCUUUAAAUCCAAUCAGCAAUCCAAGUGAAAAUGGACUUCUUUCCUCUCAGAUAGAUGUGGGUUCCAGUUUAGUAAAUGGUGAUAGUUUUGAUGACGACUCCUGGGAAUUUAAAGGUGCCGUUUCUGGAACUGGAGGAGAAAACCAGAAUUCUUCAUUCAGUUUUGGAGAUUCAUAUGAAAAAUACACUAUCAAAACGGAGCUAAAUGAUUAUCUGGACUUGUAUUCUAAAUUGACCACUGAAUUGUGCUUUGUUGCACUUAGCCAUCUUGAGAAUAUGAAGAAAGAUAAAAGUACUGCUGCUCCUUCUGGUGAAGAUGCUGAAGUAAAAGCUAUUGAGGAGGAAAUCCUGGGUCUAUAUAAUGAACUGCAAAAAGAUGGCAUAAUAUCUGAAGAAGUCACCUCAGAGAAUCUCCAGUCAAGAAGUAUUCACCUUGGUGAAUAUGCAAAGGUUCUACUAGAAAAAAAGUUUCAAGUGCUGGAAUCUGAAUAUCAGUUAUCAGAGAAAUUAUCAUUGGCAGAGAAGAAUAUGGCAUCAACAAUUGAACUCUUGAAACAUGCUGCAUCAACAUUAAAGGUUCUAAAAUUAGGGUCAGCUGAGGAUCAAUCUUAUUAUGUAUCUACGUGGUUGAGGAUUUUGACUGUUUGUGCACUAGAGCUGAAACAUGGUUCUAUGAUUUGGAAGCAGUCAUUGCAGAAAAACAUCCACCGUCAAUUAUUGUCUAAACCUCAAGGCAGACAGUACAUUCUAGCUCUUGGAGAAAUUCACAGAGUUGUCAAAAUUGUCGGAUCUUUGUCUGCCAAACUCUACAAACCUUGGAUAUUGUUUAGUUCUGAAAAUCCCACAAACUUCCCUGCUCUUGUGAGGGAGUGUUCUUCUGUGUGGUCAAGUUCAGGGCUUGAAGAAGCCCUUCAAAAUCUGACUGAUUUGACAGAUUUAAAAUAUGAUGUUGAAGCUUUACUUGGUUCCAUUCAGAGUAUUCAUGAUCCUGACGCGCAUGAACUCUAUAAACAAGUUUUCUCGGAACAAGAAUCUACAUGUUGUCUGUCAGGUUUAACUGCAGGAGCAGUGCCAGGCAUGAAAAUGGUGCUUUGGGAUGGACGGCAUUACUUUGUAACCAUUGUCAACUUGUGGGCAAAUUUAAUAAGUCGUGAUCCACCAAAUUUGCUGCUCAUACAUGCUCGAAAAUAAUGCUGUCAUGAAAAGACGAAGGUACAUUUCCAAAAGUUUCACAGCAUAGGUCACACUGAAUGAAGUUUCUGGAUUGUAAUCAGGGUUGCCCCAGUACUAGGAUUUUACUUUGGAAAGAAAAUGCAGUAACACUUUGAGUUAUCCAGAAUCUGAUGUGGUGCAAGGUGCUAGGUGCUUAAUUAAGCCAAAUAUCUAUUCAAUAUUUACUUAGAUUGGUUGUCAUUCUUUUUGAGAGAGCUGUUAUAUAGCAAUUUGAUGUAGAAAUCUCGUCUUAAUUUAUGAUUUGCUUGUAUUCUAUUAUUCAUUUGCAAACUGGGUGAAUCAAAUAAGCACCCCCCAUACAUCUAGAGAAGAGUUGUGAGGCAAAUUAGUUCAUCAGUGUCUUUAUAUGAUUUUCUCAUUUUGUACUGCAACACCAAUAAUUUAAAUGAAAAAAAGUCUUUAUUUUGUA